UGGGGCAACAUCGUGUUCCUGGGCCAGGACGGCGUCAGCACCACGGCGCACAGCAUCAAGCAAUGGCUUCAGAAGUUGGACGCCGAGCAACGGAAUGGGGCCUGUUUCGACCUCCUCAUGGCCGGCAUUCAAGCAUUGUGUACACCGUCCGAUAACGUCGAAGUUCUGAAGAAGGUGCUCUCCCACGUGCGGGGCCACGUGGACAAGCUGGACCACCCGUGUCAGUCCCACGUGCAGUUCUUCAUCCAGGUUGUCAACAUCGACGAGGUCGCUCACGACGAGGUCGAGGCCGUGUACUUUCGCGCCCUGGCGAUCGCGAACGGGCAGGAGGACAAUUGCUUUCACAAAUUGCUGCACCUCCUGAACACCGGCAUCGAGGUUGUGCGACGCGCUGCGGCGGCGCACAUCAGCGUCAAGCACGACGCGACCUACGGGUCGGACCUGGAACAGUUGGCGCAAUUGGAAGGCCAGCUGGCCCCACCGGCGAUGAAAAUCGACCAUGCUGAUCUCGGUAGCGAUGAUUGCCCCCAGUAUUCGCCGGAGGUGACCGCGCGCCUGCUGCAGUGCUACAACCUCUUGCAGCCGAUGAAGAGCAAGGCGUCCAAACAGUAUCUCGCCAAGCACGAUGCGGAGAUCAAGAAUCUGGACAACCUCCUGUACACGGCCUACGAGAACAUCUUCGCUGCCAUCGAGUACAAGUGGACCGGCCUGGUUCGGACGGCGGUCAGGGCGCUCGCCAAGGUAUCGCAGAAGGGGGGGCCCGCCGACGCCAUUUCAGAUGAAGAUGCGGCCUUGGUUUCUUCGGCUUGGGACAAUUUGGACAAGCGGGUGCUCCCCCAGCCCAACUCCAUUGAGCUGUCCAUCGUGCUUGACGACGCCGGGAAAGCGACGCUCACGGACUGGAUCCUGGAACGGCGUGAAUUUGCGUCCACCGUGCAGAUUGGGCUGGGCCACAUGCUGUCGAAGGACAUCGAUUUCACGGAACCAGGACUGCUGCAAUUAGCCUCGCACAUUUGCUCGCCCUCGGAGGUGGCGGAUCCGGAGGUGGCAGGGCCCGUUCUCUCUACGCUGGUCGAUAACGUCUGCUUUGUCAGGUCGGCCCUUGCGCUUAUUCGGAAAAGGUACCUCCAUCAGGCCGACGCGCUGAUCCGCAACGAUACGGCUGGGUUGCUCGGUGAAUGGUCCCAACGGGUCGCCGUCUACAUGCACGCGGUCGUUGUCGAUAAGGCUGACGCAGAGACGAAAGGCAAGCUGUUCGAGCUGAUGAUGGCCCGCCUCAACGAGCUGCGCGACGAUGUCGGCCGCGAUGCGUUCUACAAGAUGACCAACGAGACGGUGGAAGAUUACAUCGAGAAGACGGAUGCGUUGAACGAGGCGAUGGUCCACCUGGUGCGCUGCGACUCUUGCAACGACAUGUUCGUGGGGGACGGCGUCGAAGUGACUUAUUAUUCGAAUAAGGCCCGCGGGUGGGACGUCCCGCAGCAGGUGGUGCGCGCGACGGCAACCAGCCUGAGCGUCGGCGCGAUUCUGCUGGGCAACCUGCUCGACCUCCUGUGGACGAUCGACCCGGCGCCGCUGGGGUUCGCAGAAGCUGCGAUGGCGCCAAUCGACGCCGCGGCGGCGAAGGCGCCGACGGGCCGCAGCAUGGACGAGCUGAAGCCGCUGAUUGCCACCAUCGGCAAGAAUCUUGAGAUGCUGAAGCUGGCCAAGGACAAUUUGGGGUUGCUGGUCGAGCGGAGCGACGCCCGCGUGGUCCCAGCGCCCUGGGUGCCAGCCCUGGCCGAGCUGAAGGAGCACGUGGAGCGGCGGCUGGAGCAGAGGUGGCGCACCCACGAGCUGUUCGUGCUGGGCAUCCUCGGCGACGCCUCGGCGAGUUUCCACGGGUCGCUCGCGAAGAUGGCCGCCGACGCAGCGUCGCCGGGAACAUCGAUGCCCCUCGACAUCGAG